AUGGCACUAGCAUUUAGUGCGGACGAGAAUAGCCUGGAAGGAUAUCAGGUCGAUGCAAAUAUGGUGACGCAAGAAGACAGAGAGAACUAUUAUAAACCCCAGGAUCUACUCGACCCUGGCUCAGGAUCUGUCGCCUCGACACGAGAUCGACAAUCGGACCUUCCGUGUGGCGAUCGCAGGGAUUGCCUCGUCCGUUCGACACACAUUGCGCGCACAUCUUCCAUUCGCCUAGCCGGAACGUCCGACAUGCAGCCCGUGUCGUUGAAUGGACGGCGACAUCCGUCUGACAAGACACCUUCCGAGUCGAAAAAAACGUGGCAGUCAAUCAGCAUGCGCUGCAGUUACCUUAUUCGUAUUAGUCGGCUGAACGCGCCACAUGCCAGAGACGCUCCGAAGCCAUGGCAUGGAACACCAGCUCCCGGUCUACUCAGCUUCGCCGGUAAGGCCAAUCUCGUCCUGGCCAAUGUCUGUACGCGAUUGGCUCUCUCCACUUUCCGCGCGUACCCAACGCGCCACCGGCAUGCAUGGUGUUUCCUGCCGCCUUUCCCCUUGCCUCAUCAAUCUGGGAGACUAGUGUGA